CUACUUCUCAAAUUGAUCCAAAGACCAAAGAUUCCUAAAGCCACUUGAAACUAAAAAUGGCUCCACAAAAAUUCAUCAGAAAUGGCAUGACAAGUUUACCUCGGCUCGUAGAAGAGUAUCUCUCUAUGUUGAAGGAAACAUACGAAGGAACGGGAUUGCACCUAGCCACGCAACAAGGGGACGAGGUAUAUGCAAAGAAAAUAAUCGAGCUCUGCCCUUCCUUAGUCGGUUCCACCAAUUCCAAAGGUGACACUCCUCUUCAUGUUGCUGCUCGUUUGGGAUACACAAGCAUCUUUAUUGGGAUGUUAGAGUCCCUAAAAUUGCAUAACGCAUGCGAGCGAAAAACCAUAGAUGCAGAAAUGAUGAAUAAUGAUGGCUUAACACCUCUGCAUUGUGCGGCAAUGAAGGGUUCUGUUGAAAUCCUUGAGGAAUUUCUCAAUAGGGCUCCCUCUUCUUUCUACUCAGUCACAUUAGAAAAGAGAGAAACUGUGUUUCAUAUAGCUGCGAGACACAAGCAGAACGAAGCCUUCAUCUCAAUGGCAAAGAGUGACAACUUAGGCCAACUUCUCUACCAGCUUGACGUAGACGGCAACACUGUGCUUCACGUUGCCGCCUCCGUAGGCUCUAUUGCGGUAAAUUUUCUGCCUCCCUCUUCUUUCCUUUUUUUGUAUAUUGUGCCUAAUUAGACUCAAAAUGCAAAAUCUUAUAGGAAAUAUAUCUAAAACAUAGUUUUCUUUGUAUAAU